GAUUCAUGGCGACCUGUUUGUAAAAUAGAAAUAUUUGUAAAGCAUACAAUGGCUGCACAGAGCCCUACAGAUAAUACGCUUCCUAACUGGAAGCGAGGUAGCAAGCCACAGAGUGAACCUUCAAAAGCUGAGCAAGAUAAAAAGUCGRCUCAAUUUAAAGUUUCAGAGACAGCGAAGCCUAUUCUCGAAGAACAAGCUUUAUUAAAAGAAAAACUCAAAUCGCAGUUAACAUGGAAAAAGGAUAAAGAUAACACUUCUCUUCGGCGAAAAGCUCAGCCUAUGGUAGCAAGACCACCCUCACCAGGUGCCACUCAAAAGCAGGCAAUUCCUCAGCAGCCACACCAGUCUUCUUCCUCAUCAUCAUCUAAGCCACCGUCACCACCACCCACAAGAAGACGCACCCAUUCACCCUCRAGCUCAUUCAAUGCUGGCACUUCACGUAGCUCUUCYCCAUUGGCUGAAAUUUCUCCUGAAUUUAAGAGAAAUAUAGARAAAGCUACCCGUGCAAGGUUGUACCUYCUUCAGCAAGUAGGACCCAAUUCAUUCAUGAUUGGAGGAGAUUCCCCUAAUCACAAAUUCAAAGUCAUAAUAGGACCACAGGUAUUAGGUGAAAACAUAGUCUCUUGCAUGUUUUCAAGAGAAUGGAGCAUACGAGAGACAGCUUUGCGCAGACUCAGUAAAGACUUGGAGUCAAUUCUGAUUAACAGUGAAGACAGGACCACCUCGAUGACGUCACUUGAGGUGUGCUGCUCGCUGCUGUCUAUGAUGUGUGGGGACCCUGUGUAUAAGGUUUAUGUAGCAGCUCUGAGAACAUUGCGGGUAAUGCUUGGUCUGACAAGGUAUACUUGUGACGAGGACAAAGUUUCCAUACAGGCAUUGCUUCGUCCAGUUGUUGAAACYAUCAUGUCAAAAUGCUCCGAUGGAAAUAGACGUAUCAGUGCCCUAUCAAUCAAAGUCCUCAUAGAAAUCUGCAARGACCAAAAUGGGGARCUWGCWCUAGGAAGAAUGCUYGGCCAAAACCAACACCAAUCUCUUGGAGGCCUGGGCUUCAUGCUAACAUGYAUUCUUACUACUGCGCAUGAAUAUGCUACWUGGCCGUGGUGGCUUGGACGCCUGUAUUUCUUACAUAGACUUYUAGAAGAGUAUAUUGAUUCAUUUAAACUUCAGCCAGACAGUCCAGAUAUUUCUCUGGAAAAUAGYGUMGGUGUUAUYGUCCAGGAAGGUGACCAUAUUGACGGYAAUGAAAUCUACAGUGACAAUAUGACAAGACUUAUGUCUGUUCUUCGGUUUGCAAUCUUAGCUGGACAAUGUAGCCACACAAUGGUUUCUAARCAAGCCAUAACAAUUCUUUUGUGCUGCACAAGUCUCUCUGCAAAUUGUCCAUCUGCAUUUGUACAUAUUAAAAAGUUAGUWUCUAAGUUAAAGCCUUCGCAGCGAAGUAUUCUACAGCGUCGUUUAGCUACGUUAUCGAGAACUACAAGUGUGGAGACUAGYGAUGGGGAUAGCAGYCCUCUAAGUGAGGUUAGUGCUGCUAUCCUGGACAGUGAYAUUGAUGARUCYGUUGCGUCYGAAWCCUCAAGUGGUUACUUUUCAACACGUAGAAUUGAGAGUACUUCAACUGCAGACGAAAGUGAAAAUCCCUCGGAAGCAGAAAUAUUACAAUCACUAGUAGAAUCACUACAAAGACCAAACUUUCUAUGUCUUAAUCUACCUCGAGAUAUCACSUCGCCAACCAGAGACCUGGAGUUAUUAGACUGGUCUCGUUCUGAAGGCGAGUCACCUAGGCUACCUGCUAUUACCGUUGAUAAUAAAUGCCAAAAAAAGAUUGAAGAAGAGGAAAACGAGGCUGUCGCCAGAGCAAUGAAGGUGUCGGUACAGGAACGUGGCCCUCAGACCAUACCCAGUCUACGGCCAAGUGUAGAUGAAGAUGAGAUGGUAAUAGUCUAUACRCAACCAGAGUCAAUAGAAAAAGCUGUAAACACCAAGCAUUUAUACAUGGAAAACAUUCACUGGAAGAAAGGAGACCUUCUUGGUACUGGUGCAUUUUCUUCGUGCUAUGCAGCAAGAGAUGUUUUUAAUGGUUCAUUGAUGGCUGUUAAACAGGUCUCUUUCUGUCGCAAUUCCAAAUCUGAGCAAGAUAAAGUUUGCCAGUCAAUCAUGGAUGAAAUUACCCUACUUGGGAAACUACAACAUCCACACCUUAUUAAGUGUCUUGGUGCAACUAAACAUGCUGGGCAUUUUAAUAUCUUCUUGGAGUGGAUGGCUGGUGGRUCAAUAUCAAUGCUUUUAUCAAAGUAUGGUGCCUUUGAGCAAGCGACUCUUAUUCGCUACACUCGCCAAAUACUUCAAGGAGUAGCUCAUCUACACCAGAAUCAGGUCGUACAUAGAGACAUUAAAGGUGCCAAUAUUCUUGUCGAUUCUACGGGACAAAACAUUAGAAUAGCUGACUUUGGUGCUGCAGCAAGAUUGGCGACUCAAAUAACAGGAGCUGGAGAGUUCCAAGGACAACUCUUGGGCACCAUAGCUUUCAUGGCCCCCGAGGUCCUCCGUGGAGAAAGCUAUGGCAGGAGUUGCGAUGUUUGGAGUGUUGGGUGUCUUCUUAUUGAAAUGGCGACGGGCAAACCUCCUUGGAAUGCGCAUGAACACUCCAACCAUCUUGCUUUGAUUUUUAAAAUUGCCUGUGCAACUUCACCACCGGAAAUACCUGAUUCACURAAUCCUGCCAUUCGAGAUGUACUCCUACGUUGCUUUGAGCAAAAACCGGAAGAUCGACCCCCAGCGAUGGAGCUACUGAAACACCCCCUGUUUACGCAAGUCACGCAAUCAUAGCCUUACGCUUGAACGCGUGACGCCCGUAAAGCAAAUCACCAGGUUAUACGGAUGCGAACGUAAAGCAAGUGCAAGCACGUAACGUAUUACGUUGCUCCGUAGAAUACCCGUCUGUGUAAAGAGUUCAAGUCAAAYCUGCUGACUUACGGAAAGAAAAAAAUGCCAGUUCUUCACUUAACGUGGUUCAAACUAGCAAAGAAACGUGUUACCAACAACGUUAAUCGUAUGCAUUCAAACCGGUCAAUCUGACGCAGCAAAGUUGCGUAAGGCAUUUUUAUUAACAAAUGACUCAAUUUGCCCUGCGAGUUGCUUUUACAUCAAGUAAUCUURUGGCGGGAAACAUUUCAAUGGCUUUGUGCCUUUGGACCAAUCAAACUUCUUCACACCUUGUCAAUYAUCUGUUAAAAGUGAGUGAAGCAAAGGCAAAGGAAGAAGAAGACUAACUUUUUAGAAUGACUUUUUAAGGAAGAGAUAUAGUUUUAAAAAUACUUUACAUAAGAACUGUUUCUUGAGAAAUUUCAUGCAAAACAAGAWAGACUGUUUUUCUUAGGAAAGCUAAUUUGCCUUUUUUGAGAUGAGUCUCUUUGAGA